AUGAUUGAAGAUAAAACUAAAUUGAAUUUGUUGAAUACAAUGAUGAAGAUUGGAGGUGAUGAUCAGAACAACAACACAGAUUCCUCUCAACCACAAUUGCCAUCAACAAGACAAUCCGUGGGUGGAAUAGAUGAUCAGAAUGGUGCCACUACUAAUGCCGAGGAUGAUCAAGGUGGUCUCUCAGGACAAUCGAAUGCAGAAAAGAAAAAAAAGAGAAGAUCAUUUUCUCAUGUGAUUCAACAAACGACCAUGAAGCCUAUUAUGAAUAUUUCAAAGGGAAUAUCAUCAUUGCAGUUUAAAUCGAGAGAUGUCGAAUUGAGAAUGAAUGAACUACUUGUAUAUACUGUAAAAGACUCUCACAAAAAUAGAAAGUUAAAAGCAGAUCUUCAUCUUACACAUGCAUCGAUCACCAUGGAUCCUCUCUACAAAAACUGUAUCAAAAUUGAAACUAAGGAAAAGAUAUUGAGAGUGAUUAUUGAAGAUGAAGGUCGAUGGAAUGAUUUCAGAAUUCAUCAAUCAAAUCAAUCAAAUGAAACCAGACAAUACUUUGAUCCCAAUUCGAAUUUAUUAGCAGAACCUCCCACAGGUAGAAAGAGAAGAUUGAAAUUUCCAAGUUUUGAAAUUAGUGGAACCACCAACGAUGUCUUGGAUUCCAUACAACCAUCGCCAUCAACGGGUACUACUACUGCUGUGGAUUAUUCUCCUCUACAUUCAACUCAAAUGAAAAUGGAACCCAUCGUAAAAGAACAUCUUUCCUUGCUCUCCACUGAGUUUACAAAUAUUCAAAACUUUACGUUUGCAAGUGCCAUUGCUCAUUUAACCAUGAUUGGACACACGGUGAUGGAAAAGGCUCAAAUUGAAGCCAGCACUCAAUCCAUUAUUAAUAUGACUGGAGGAUCUACCAUUCUCAAACAAGGUUAUCUUAUCAAGGCUGGGCCCAAUGAUCAUCAACCAUGGAAAAAGAGAUAUUGUGUUCUCACUGAAGCACGUGAAUUUAGAUAUUUGGAAGAUAUUGGAGGUGCUCCUAAAGGUUUAUUUUCUGUUGAGAAUGCAUGGGCAUCGAGAAUCAAUGAUGAAUCCAUUCAUAUCAUUCCGUUUGCCACUACACAACAAGCCUUGUUCACUAUGGGAAGUAGUUUUGCUUCAAGAAGAUUUCUCUUUAAAAUUGAAACAGUGGAUCGAGUAUACAAAUUUGAAGCUCCUUCCUAUGUUUCCAUGAAGAGUUGGUUUCAAGCGCUUGAACUCUGUGGUUGUCAUGUGAAGGCAGAUGAGAAUGAUGGAAUUAUUCUGAGUGGAAAGUUAUUGAAAGAGAGAAUGACCACCACUACUACAACAACUACUACUACUACAUCGACGAGUUCAGGAAAUGCUAAUAAGGAUGAAUCAUCACAUUCAUCUCAAUGGAUCUCACGACAUGUUGUACUAUUGGAAUCCAAUGAAUUGAAAUAUUACAAUAAGAAGGGAGGUACCUUAUUGGGAACGAUCAAACUCGAAGAGAGUUAUAUUAAUCGUGUGACAUCAGGUAGUAGUAGUGGUAGUGGUAGCGCAACACAAGCGGAAUCCUCUCCCAAUACUUCAUACCAUUAUCGAUUUAAAAUUUAUACACCCGAAAGAACUCAUCAAUUUGAAACGAAGGAUGAAGAAACUCUUCAGAAAUGGAUCAAUACCAUUGUUCAAUAUAGUGCACACAGUGGAGGUGGUGAGGGAUGUAAGCUGAGAAAUGAAAACGAUCCAGAACCCAUCUUCAAGAAAAAACUCAAUCAUUUCUAUCUCAAAUCUACUGAACAAGUCAUUUUGGAGAAACAAGAAAAACUACAGGAUUAUAUUGUGAGUGAGGAAAAGUUAAAGAGUAAAUUAAUGAGAAAUAAGAGUCAAGCGUCAUCGAGCGCAAAACUGAAUUCAAGUAUGAGAAAAGCUCACAAUGAAAGUCUAACAUUGAGUGAAGAAGGUCAUCGUGUGGAAGGAUCAUCCUCACCUAUGAGUGAACCUCCCAACUCGAGUAAAUUUAUCUCCAAAGACUCCCAACAAAGCAGAUCAGUUGAAGAGAAUUGUGAAGAAUGA